AUGUUGGCGGUUAAAGAAGAGCGUACCGUUAUAGGAGGCGUUGAAUUGGCGAGAAAGACAGUAGUGGCUGCUGAUAACCAAGGGUAAGUCUCUAAACUUCAACGAAACUCUUUCAAAUCCAUAGGAACGUAAGAUUAGUAAUAGAAUAUGAAUCUAAAUUGAGUUCACGUGGAGCUCUUUUUGUGUUCUAUUCUGCAGAAAAGCGUCCAAUAUUUCAACUGAGACUGAAAACUUCAUCCUGGUAAAUGUAUGAUCAGCUUUUUAAGCUUAACAUGAUACUAGCUAUUGAUUUUGAAACUAUCAGUCUUGUGCGUGCGGUCACUGAAUUCGACCGAGAGAGGCGGAAGUAUUGUUACCUCAUGAAUUAAUUCGUCGAUUAAUUGCAUGAUAUUGCGAGCGGCGAAAAACGAUUACCAUCUCACCUUUGUCAAACUACUGUUCAUAAAAAACGAACAAAAUAGCUUUAGAUUCAGUAAACUGCAGUCUUGAUAGCUUGUAUUACGAUCGAUAAUUCGUCCUAGAAGACCUAUUUAGUAAGUUCAGAAAUUGUGUUCUAGCGUACCUCAGUUUUGACGCCCAAUCAAUAGCCAAUCAGCGCCUUACUAAGCUCAUUUUCCUUCAGGACCUUUCGUAUACUUUCAACACAAUUAGUCGUUUGUUUAGAGUACGCAACGUUUAAGCUUUUGACGCAGAGCAGUCGUUAAUGUUUUUGUUUUGAGGCCAUUUAAAAAAGACGAUUGAAUUUUUUGUGGUCAAGAAACCAUCAAGUGAUUUUCUUAUAACCAAGUCACACUCCUGUCUGUUGUCACUGAAUAAAGUCUUGGCUGCGUUGGUUUGCUUUGUGCGUGUGUUACGCCGCAAAAUGUAAUAAUCGCCGCAAAAUGUAAUAUUAACGCAAAAUGUAAUAAGAAUCGCCGCAAAAUGUAAUAACAUUGACGCAAAAUGUAACAAAAUUUUCAACGCAAAAUGUAAUAAUCUUUCAACGCAAAUUGUAAUAACUUUUCUAACGCAUAAUGUAAUAACGCAAAAUGUAAUGAUUUCCGAAAUAACGAGGUGCUUGCUAUUUCAAAAUCGGUAUUGUGGCUCAGUAAUCAGUAGCUGAUCCAGAUCUCGAUGUGAAUUAUUAUUAUUAUUAUUAUCAAUAUUGAUAUUUAUAAUAGUAAUAAUAUUUAUUUUCUUCUUCUUCUUCCUCUUCUUAUUACUUUUAAUGAAAUAACGGUUGAAACGUCGUGUUACUUCCGUGCUGAGCUAGUCUCUCUCGAUCGCAGCCGUGUUUUGUCUCGUCACGCAACACUCUUCCCCAACAAAGGAGGAGGAGCAUUGCGUGACGAGACAAAAAUGGCUGCAAGAGCUUGCUGUACUGUACCACAACUGUAACAACUGAGAGACUUGGUUUAAUUUCAGGUGUUGAAUUUAAUUCAGUCAAAUAAAAUAGCUGUUGUCGAAAACAAGUAAUAGAAUCAACUUUCAAAGCGUAAUUCAAAUGCAUUUAAAAUAUAAGAUAUCUGUCACACUUUUUUUCAUGAGAACCAGACAACUUUGGCUGUAGCUUACUUUUCCUAAGUUCUCAUUUAAUAGAGGCUGAAUUGUUCUUAAUGCUGUUUUUUAGGUCCAAGUUUCUUUUAUGUUGAAGUUUCCAAGCUUUGCAAAGUCAAAUCAGUUUGCCUUGUAAGGCGGUUGUCGUUUGCCUAGAACAGAUAGCGCAAAAUUUUUUUAGUUAGCCCAGUAACGCAUUUUUGAUUGCAGUACAGCUAAGCUGAUGCACAAAAACAUUGAAUUUGCCUGGCAAGGCAGUUGUGAUUAGAAGACAGGCCAUCCUCUUUUUUUUCUCCGUUUAGCGUCGUCCGACCGACCCAAAUUUUUGGCAUUUUCAAAAAAAACGUAACGACCUAGUUAAACCAUUUUUCACUUGAAAUAAUUAUUUUAAUCUGAAAAAUGAGCAUAGUAACAGCAUAGAGAAAAACAGGAACAAAGACAUAAGCAUUUUUUACAGUAUAUUGUGUAUUUUGUUAAUCCAAAUAUGUGAAUGUUAACUUUUAACGUCGUCCUGGGGUACCAGGGCCUCCUAUUCCGAGACUUCUUGUGAUUUUGUUUUUUAGGUUUUUUUUUUUCAAUUCGAUCGACCGACUCAAUAUCAGGAAACGCAUUCGACGCUAAACGAAACCUUGAAUUUGCUCAGCAACGCAAUCGCCAUUGGCUUAGAGUUGACGGCGCCAAAUCUUGAACUGGGAGAUCCAUAAAAAGUGCGCAAUUUCGUCUUUUUAGGGCCGACCAUUUUUGACCACUUGAGGGGGGAGGGAGUAUGGGUAAUUUGGUUUGGGUUAGAAUUUUUGGAUAAUUAUGGGAAACUGUCUACAUAACCCUCCCCUAAGCCAACAUUAACACUUAUUUCUCACUUAGGGCGAAAUGUUGGCUUAGGGGACGGCUAGGUGGGCACUGUAUUGGGACCUGUAUUACGUUCAAAUCAGCGGAAACAAACGUCCCAUUCGGUUCCCUAAAGAUGAUUACAUCUCCUCAUUUCAACUGUUUCAUUGUAAUAAUAGCAAUAAUAAUAAUAAUAAUAAUUAAUAUUAAUAUUAAUAUUAUUAAUAUUGUUAAUAUUAAUAUCAAUAAUAAUAAUAGCUUAUAAUUUAAUUAAAGAUCUGAAUUCGCUACUACCGAUGACUGAGCAACAAUACCGAUUUUGAAAUAGCAUGCACGUCGUUAUUCGGAAAUUAUUACAUUUUGCGUUAUUACACUAUGCGUUAGAAAAGUUCUUACAAUUUGCGUUGAAAGAUUAUUACAUUCUGCGUUGAAAAUUUUAUUACAUUUUGCGUCAAUGUUAUUACAUUUUGCGUUAGUAUUACAUUUUGCGGCGAUUCUUAUUACAUUUUGCGUUAAUAUUACAUUUUGCGGCGAUUAUUACAUUUUGCGGCGUAACAUGUGUGUCUUAAAUUUCCGGAAUAAUUUGAUAACGCACGUUCGACUUCGUUGCUUUAGGAAAAGAAAAACUUCGGAAACUGCUCUAAAAAGAGAAAGCUUAGUCAUAUCCCUAUUUUGAAACCUCGUUAAUUCUACCAUCUUGUUAUCAUGAUUAACUGAAGACCAACGACCACUUUUUGGUGCGCAAGCGAUGUUUUUGGGCUACGCUUCAGUGGUAACACGUUCUUGAUAACUGUCAUAAAUAUAGAAAAUUAAAACAAUAUUUCUGUCGCAAGAUAUACCUGUAGUUUGUCCUUAUUGCUUCGAUUUUCUAUAAUGUUGGACUGUUGGGUUACAUUACCCGGAUCUUCCACCAAUCUUGUGGGACUGUUGGGGAAAGUAGCCGGGGCUACCAAGCGCAAACGGGAGGCACCAAGAGCCUGAAUAACGAAGACUUCAUUUUCAAGUUUUUUUUUUUCACAGCUAUCCGCUGAAUCGUCUAUCUAAUCCAUCUCUCUGGAUCACAUCAGUUCUGUGAUUCAACUCAUGUCUCUGAUUUAACUAACUACUAGCACUAGGACAUGUUCUUACAUAGCCUACUGACAGACAUGUGUGGGCUUACGGGCCGUUUGACCUCGAGAAUCCGGUCAGUAUAAAACACGGACUGCGGACUGCGGACCACGGACUGCGGACUGGGUAUAAAGUGCGGACUAGGUAUAAAAUGCGGACUCCGGGCUGAGUAUAAAACACGGACUGGGUAUAAAACGCGGACUACGGACUAUGUAAAUAAAAACAGCUUUAGAAAGAUAAAACUGAGAGAAAUGGAAAGCGGACUAGCAAAACAGUAGUCCCAGCUUUAACAUUCCCUUAGCUGUUCACGUAGUCUAUUCUUCCCACGGAGAAGGAAGGUUAUCCCGCACUCAAGGCAAGUGAAAUUUAACUCUGAAUUUUAUAAAAAGAAGGAGUUAGAAGAGAUUUCGAUUUGCAGUUUUAAACCAAUAAGAAGCUCCGAAUUAAAAAAAUAGUAGUCAGAUCAGUAAAAUUCUUAUCGGAUGCCACAAUUCCGUAUGAGGACUGAAUGAAGAACUCAGACGAGAAGGUCAAUGCAGGGCAUUCCGCGAUGCACAAAAGCGGUAUUUAUGGGGGAGGGCAAGAGGGGAGGGAUUACUCACAUACGUGAAUUAUAACCGAAAUGAGUCAUCCAACGUUAUAUUCCAAGCGAUGAUUAUGAUGACAUGAUUUACACCCUGCUCCUGAUUCCCGGAGGGGGGUACUACUGGGAAAUCUUGGUGGGGGAUGGUGCCCGGUUCUCCGAAUCCUGACCUUAUUGCAGACCAAAAAAUGUCAUUUUCCACAUCCAUUUUCAGACCAGAUCUCUAAAAUCCAUACCCAUUUUCGGACCUGGCAUAAUUUAGCCUGUUCCAGGCUCUCAGAUAGUUGGGGAGACUCCCCAGUUUUUUCCUGUUUUAUUUUCGUGUUCGCGCUUUCUUAAUUCAGCGGACCCAACUAUCUCGGAGCCUGGAACAGGUUAGGUCUAAUUAGGCAGAAAUUAUGUCAUCAUUACCAAGUUAGAGCGGAAACAAAAAAAUUCUCCAGAUGCAUUUCGAAUUCGCACAUUUCUAUUUCGUUCUUAUUCAUUUGGAAUUGAAACGAUAAAUACGUCCAUUCACGUACGCUCCUGUAGUUCCCUCGAAAACCAUACCCGAUUCCAGACCAAAAUGGGCAAAGUGUUUUCAGACCAAAAAGGCCCAAAACCCCUACCCUUCCCUUAUAUAAGGGAGUACCCCCCUGAUCCUGACCCCUUUCAUGACUGUUAGAGACCGAGACAAGGUCUAAAAAUGGGUGAAGAAAAUAGGAUUUUGAUCCGGCUCAUGAUUCAGAGGCCCGGGCGGCACACCUCCACCAAGAAUUUAUAGGAGUAUUUACAACUUUAACUCACGUGUCUUGCUAUUUAGCGAUCUUUUGAUCUUAUUUUUCCUUACCUAGAACCAAUUAGCAACGUUUUUACCAAAGUAGUCCGUAGUCCGUAUUUUAUACCCAGUCCGCAGUCCGCAGUCCGCGUUUUAUACCUAGUCCGUGUUUUAUACCCAGUCCGCAUUUUCCAGUCCGCGUUUUAUACCUAGUCCAUAUUUUAUACCCAGUCCGCAGUCCGUAGUCCGCAAUCCGCAGUCCGUGCUUUAUACUGACCGCUCGAGAAUCUGGUAGUAAACAACAAAGUCGAUCUUAGAGUACUGAAGCCUAAACAAGAAUUUUAGGUCAGUAGAUGUCAACGAACCCAAGCAUGACCACUAAAGAAAGUUAUUGUUCGAAAAUAAACCCGUAAUAACGGCCAAGGACAAACCACUCGAAGGUUGAAACCAUGCACGUGUGCAGCCUUGCAGGCCCUUGAAUCACAAGACUCACACGAUGACUGCAAACAAUUGAUAAACCCUUGACUGGUUGCUUCACAACAAUAUUAGUAGCGGUUGUGAUAAACGUAUUUUCGCUUGAGUUAUUAUGAAACAAAAAUAUACAGUUAAGACUUGUUUGCUUAAAGUUAAGUCUGGAGUACCUCAAACCUCACGGAACAACUUCUAACAACUUCCAACAACAUGCAUGCGACAAAGUGUUCAAAGGCACGCAACAUGUUGGGCCCAAAAAUGUUGGAUGUUGUUGGCCAACAAGUUUGCAUUUACAUGGGCCUGAAGAUAGAGCCAUCUAAUAAUAAAACUUGUUUGAAUCCUGGACAUUUGUUUAAUUCUGUUGUCCCUUGAAUUUGAUUUAUUUCAGAAAUCUAAUCACGGAGGUAACAGAAACUAGAAGAGAUGUCGAUUUGCCAGGGAGGUAAAAACAAGACUUUAAUUAACUUAUAAUGACUGCUUCCCUAUAGCUAGCACUGCUAUCUUGUCUAGAAGAUAAUAAAUGUUUUAAAGUAAGCAAUGCCUUCAAUGUAGAAUUCCAUUCUCAAUAAGUAGUUAUGUGAACUUGCAAAACCCAACCCCUUUUGAAUAAGGGAGAGGUGGGGCUCUUAAGAGAGGGGAUUUAUUUACAACUGGGUCUGAAACGGUUAAUAAAUGAAUUAAUCAAGUUAAUAAAUGUCAUCUCAUCUCACCUUUAUUACGAAUAUUGAACUCUGUUAAUUAUAUUACAGACAUUACAACCUUAAGCAGGCACUUUUCAAGAGCAGAACAAGUUGCAAACUGAUUUAAAAGUGAUUUGUUUUGUCAGAGAGUAAUCCUGAUACCAAUGAGUCUGGGGAAUAUUAGAUUUAACAUUUACAGAUCAUCAUUAAAUAGUUUUGAACAAAUUUCACAUAGCGUAUAAUGGGGGUUGGGUGGAGGCUUAAUAAUUUUUGAUUGUUCAAAAAUGAGAGCUGAAUGGGGAGGGGGAUGAGAGAGGUUUCAUAGAAUAAUUAUGAAAUUAAGGUUGAGCAUUUUUGUUGCUUUUUUACAGACGAAUUUUACAAAUUGUUUUCCUUGUUUUCUUUUCAGUGUUCCUUUAGUAACACAGCCUUGGUGAGAUCUCCGUUAUUUUAUCAAAUUUUGUAGCAAAUGAAUUUAUGAUCAACAUCUUCACAUGUAUUCAACACUAUAACAGUCAGUCUAUUACAUAGACUUGUCUUAAGACCUAACCAUUAGAGCGCGUUUCAGUUGAGUGUCGAAAACCAAAACCAAAUUAAUCACAACGGCCAAUCAGAGUAAAGGAAAUUAUCAGAGGGAGCCAAUGACAACUCGAAGUAAACGCAUGUAACCGGCCUGUAGCGCGAGAAAACGCGAGUGACCAAAGAGCGAUUGGUUUUAGUUUACAUCUGAUUGGCUGAGAGGGUGGCGCGAGUUUUCUAGACCAAUCAAACAGCACAGUAAAGCAAAACCAAUUCAAUCCUGGAUUACUUUCAACAUUCAAUUGAAAAUUGCUUUAACAGUCAGUCUAUAACAUAGACUUCUCUUGAGAACUAAACCAUUAAGCCACCCAAUUAACUUUCUAGAAUUUAUACGCUUUUGUUCGCUUUUACUCACGUAAUCUCCUUUAUACAUUAUUUUGAUGUGCAUAUUUAAAAAAAGUUCUGGGUUUUGCAUUGCAUAGUGUAUUGUCACCUUGCGUUUUUUUUAUUCCAAACUCCAUUCACUCUCUUUACCGAUAACAAAUCAAUCAAACUCCCUCUUAACAUAAAUUUUGCUUUUGGCCAUUUUCAGCGCACCCCCGGUUCUACUUAGCCCGCCGGUCAUUGUACCAAAUCCUCCACCACCAAAAGAGUUUAGCUGGGUGGAAUGUUGUUUCAAGUGUGAAAGUAGUUACGAGUGGUACGAAUUAGGAGGAAAGGGUAAGUAG